AUGCCCGUGACUAAGAAGCAACGGACAAAAUGCUUUACUGGUUGCUGGACUUGUCGGUCCCGUCGAGUCAAGUGUGACGAGGAGACACCAAAAUGCUUGCGUUGCCGUCAAAUGGGUCUUGAAUGUGAGGGCUAUGGCAUCAGGCUAACCUGGGUGCCAUAUAAUCCCCACACAGACGACGAUCACGGCUCCGUCGACGAUCUGCCGCGGGAUGGAAGGGCUUCCAGACGCUCAUUGCCGUCUUUUGGCGCUGCGCCAGUAAUCGUCCGCAUGACCUCUCCGGAUAUUGACGAAUCAUUGACACGAAUCGAUGCGUGGUAUCCUGGGGAGUCUUCUGUGCUAAACACGGGAGCAUUCUCAGUCUUUCCAGUAACCUCUUCAGGACAAGGCCUCUCGCAACCCGAUGAACCUCAUUUUCCGGAAUCUGACCGAGCCCGCCUGAAUUUUCUCGAAUAUAGCACAACACCGAUAAACACCCCUGGCCAGCUUUCUGCUGCCACUCUGGCCCACACACCAGGCGAGGCCACUGAUGCUGGUGAAGCAACGAGCUAUCCUCCCCGGCGUUUAUGGGAGGGCUCGGUCACAGCACAGCCCACCCCAGACGCAGCCAGGGUGCAAGAUUGUGGCACUCUUACCGAUACCGAGUUCUCACUUCGACCAGUAUCACAUAAUCCCUCAGACUACCAUAUUCGUGAGGAAGUGGAUCAGACGUCUCAAAACGCUGCCCAGGAUGUGUCUCAUCAGCGUCUUGUUCGCGGCCCAUCGCGCCACCUGGAUGCAAUGCCCAUGCCAUCAAAGCAAAAGCGUCUGAUACACCACUGGGUUACCUUCACCAGUAGGAAGAUUGUCCUUCUCGACGAGCCGCACAACCCCUGCCGCACUAUGAUGCUGCCCAUGGCACUGAAAGGCCUUGUUUCCAUGGCAGAUGAUUCCAACGCCGAUGUGGCCAUCUUCCACGCUAUUUGCUCAGCCGCUGCUUAUAACCUGUUCGAACUUAGUGGGAGGACCACAGAGCAGGAUCAUGUCUUGGCUUUACACCAUGACGGCGAAGCCAUUCGCCACCUGCGGCAUAACCUGGCCCGGGCCGACGAGCACCAAGGCCAGUCUUGCGCAAUGGCAAUCAUGGCCUGUAUUGCUGUCGAGGCCGUGUCCGGUACGACCCAACGGUGGAGGACUCAUGUCUCCGGCGGUCUAGCCUAUCUUUCCAAAUUACAAGCCCGGGGCGUUGAUGAGAUGGCCGUAUCUGCGUUCAGGCAGCACAUGGUGAAGAUGGCUAUACUCUGCGACUUUCCUGUUACUGACGAUCUGAAAUCGUUUCUGAGAGAUGAUGGCGGAUCUGCGAUUGACCUCGAAUUUACCUUCCCAUACUAUGGUGUCUCGAGAUCCACGUUGCAAGCCCACGACCGUAUCAACACGCUGAUCGCCGCUUCUUCAAACAAGACUCCUCCCCUGGAAGGGGAAGUGGACGCUUUCGAGCUGCAGUUGUAUCUCCAAUUCCCAGGUCUCCCGGCCCAGGUGUUCAGCUCAGAAGCAAAGCGGGAGCAUGCUGCCGUCGUCCACCACACAUCCGCGGCGUUCUAUUAUGCUGGGCUGAUCUUUUUCCAGAGGAGCAUUCGUUGUUCGCCAGUUGCUGCGGUGCAAGAGCUUGUGGAGCUCGGCGUGCAAGAGCUGGAAAAUAUUGAGGUUGCUGGGAAGGGCAAGCUGGGCUGCAUGAUGCUGUGGCCUGCCCUAGUUCUAGGGGCUGAGUGCAACACUGUCGGCUCGCAGCGGCGGAUGAGGGCCUGGUUCCGAAGCCAGCGGAAGCUUGGUUUCAGGAACCUUGUUGUCUUGGAGGAUCUGAUUACUUCACUCUGGAGCGAUCGAGCUGAUCCCUAUGCCCGAGUUGAAGAGGCGGAUUGGCAAUCGUUCGUGGCCUCGCCCUGGAGCCCAGAUACACAGGGCAAACCAAGCCACGCCCACAUCAUUGCUGAAAGACCCCAGGCCAUUGGCCCCGUGGUCGACUUCAAGAAGAUAUCUCAGGCCAUGAUGAGCUCAAAGGAGGUCAGAACCGAACUUGGCGCCAAGCUUCGGGAUUUCUACGCCCGCAGUAUCACGUCAAUGGACUAG